AUGAUCAAGAGAUCAAGGCCAGUGGAAGACAAGGAAACCCUGCAAGCUUCCAAUCACUCUCAGACAAGAAAGCCAAGGGAGAAAACACAGAUCAUCCUAGCAACACAAAACCUGAUCAAAUCUUCUCAAGUGACCUCCUCCAUCAGCAGGGAGGAACAGAGCAUCCUUGAUCUGAUCCAAAAGAAACAACAUCCUCCAGAAUUCAAGAUCCCCUUGGCCAAAUUUCCGCUGAAGUUUCCGGUCGAUUAUGCGGGACAAAUCGAGGCUUUAGAGCGUGCAUUGAAAAAGGAUGAGCUGAGUAAUCUACGCCGGCCUACUAGUCCAGGGUCGUCGUCGUCGUCGUCGUCGUUAUCGAUCAUGAAUCCGUUGGAGAUUCAGCCCAAUGAAGUCAAGAAGGCUCUCGAACAAGAGCUGGAUGAUGUCUUUAAAGCAGUCCCUCCUGAUCCGCAUCCUCAUCAUCAACCUCCCUCGUACAAACCGAGCAAAUCCAAGUUGAACCAAAACCCUUCAACCAAAUCCACACCGACUCCUUUGAAGCGGCUACGGAUGUUUUCCGAGCCGACGAUCAAGAGCAUGUUCGGACGAUGGGGCGACGAUCUUCUGUCCUGGGAGCAGCAAAGAUUGGACAUCGGCUUGAUGGCCAGACUCGCCGUCGUUCUCAACCUGGAGCACAAGCACGAACACUGCGGGCUUUCCGGCGUACAAUCCGUGCUCAAUGAUCCGACAAUAUACGAGAGAUUCCACGGGAUGAGUUGGAAGGAAAGAUCGGCGGUGCUAGGGGCGAUCCGAAAGGCCCUAGGAACGGCCGAAUCGACCCGCCGAUUGUAUGCGUUCUUCCGACUCUUACGGUAUCAUAGUAUUUCCAGAAGAUGGAGGGUGCUGAAAGCGUAUUGGAUUAAGAAGAAGAUGAUGACUGUUGGACAGGCCGAGUAUUUUGCACGCCGCUUUGGGCUUUCGGAAGACCCGCUCGGAUUGGUGGAGAUUCCGAAGCCGAUCAGAGGGCCCAAAGACGUCAAGGACUCGAAGGAUCGGACGGGCCAACUGCAGACUAGUGAAGCGGUCUGCAGUGUUUAUGGACAAUCCGAAGCCGAGGAACGCUUGAAAUUGAUAUACUAUCUCCGGGAUCGAAUCCAUAAUUCUGAGCCGUGGUGGGACUCAUUCCAGCUUGAACCAGCCACUCGUCAGUUCGGACUCGACGCUCUCGGGCUCAUACUGAUUGGAGACGGGCUUCAAUUUGGAUGGAAGCACCAGAUCUUGGAGGAUGCUAACAAGAAGAUCAUCGAGUGGGUCUUUGUCCAGUUACUCGUGGUCAUGGUCCGCAAGGAUCUAAUCCUGGCUUGGCUCGAGUCUCCCGAACGCGCCUGGCUCUACAGAACCUGUGGUCAUCUGUAUCAGGACCGUCUCCGGGAACUCAGUCUGUGGCUCUUCAAUCGUGGCGGAACAAUCGCACUCAGAGGGACCGAGGUCCUCUGGGCUGACUUGGGCCUGGAUCCUUCGCUUUUACUCGACUAUCAAGACUCCCAUUCUCCCGAAAAGCAAUCUGCAGCCAUCAAGCGGUCUAAAGAAAUCGUCGCCGGCUGGUCUGAGUACGAACGAUUGGCAUGCUCAAUUUGGCAUCAAGUGUUCUGUCUCAAUCUUCCGGAUUCAGAUCCAGUCUCCAGCUCCUUGCAGCAGUCAGCCCAUCAACCUAGUCUACAAGAAAUCAGAAAUUGGGCUAGAUCCUCCAAAACCAAGAAAACUGUUAAACUUUUAUCUUCUCUGUUUUAUGUCUUUCUCUUCAUCUACUUCCGCUAUCAAGAACACCAAAGACACGCGCUAGGAGAGUAAUAGUUGGUGUUUUCCACUCAAGUUUGGCACGCUUGGGGGUCUGACGUCUGUACAUAAAACU